AUAUUGACAUCACAAUGGUUCUUCAGCCUGACAACUACAGAAUCCUCAGACUACAGUUGCUUUCUAGCCACUGCAGUCACCGGUUUGGUGUUUAGAGGCAGAGAGGCGAAGGAAAAUUCACAUUGUUCGAUGAAUUCUUCAUUGCAGGCUCAUCUAAAAAGGUGGAGUUCUGUAUGAGGAGCAUUUUUUUCCAACAUGGAAAUGAUUGAGGAAGAUGUGGGAGAAGAAAAUCGAGCCGUAGUUUGCCAAGGGGCCGUGGUUCUCCGAAGAGGCUGGAAAAGAAAUAAACGAUAUCUCACCCUCUUCACUGAUGUUUUGGUUAUAUCCAGUAAACUGAAUAAGAAGAAGUUUAAAGUAAAGCAUGUCAUUCCAUUGACUUACCUGUGGCUUGGUAAUGAAGUGGACAUAUUCAGGACAGACAACAGCCCUGCUUCCAAGUCCAUUUACCUGUAUUGGCCUAUGGGAAAUGCUGUUGUCACCUUUUGUUCCAUGGAAGAGACCAUUUGGUGGUACUUCUUUCUACAAAGAUCCAUUCGUGAUGCGAAGAAGCAGAACAAAACAGAUCUAUCCCUGCAGAUAUCCACUGAGGACAUUGCAUACUGUGACACUCCUCUAUAUGUAACAGCAACAAACUUCGAUACAGUCAAUGACAUAAUCAGCAAGUUACUGCCAAUGAUGAGAAAACAUAGCAUUGAAGAUUAUCAACUGUGGUUCUGUUCUCGCCCUGGGGAAGCUCCAAGAGUACUCCAAGGAAAUGAGUAUCCACAUGACAUUAUAAUGAUAAAUAUUCAAAAGAACUUCACUUCACGGGACUUAAGAAACUUUACUGCUUUCCCUUCCCUACCUGGGCUGAUCAUGAAAUAUCUAAACGCUGAUGCACAGGGGCAAUUCAUCUUAAGGCCCAGAAACUCAGCCAGAAGCCAAAAAAAUAUGAAGGAAAAGACUCUUAAGAAACAAAGAACUUCUACAUCAUCGUGGUGGCACAGCAUCUGUGUGCCUCACCCAGACCAAAUAUGCACCACCCAAAAUCUUAACAAUGGAGGAAAACUGUUUGGAAGAGAACUCAGUUCCAUUUGUCAGGAUGGCAACCUGCCGUCAGCAAUUCUGGACAUGCUGUCCCUACUAAAAAGGGAAGGGCCCACAACGGAGGGUGUCUUUCUAGUACGUCCGAGUAUAACAUUGUGCCAAACAAUAAAAGACAAAUUGGAUUCAGAAGAAGAGGUGGACAUGAACAAGCAAUCAGUGCACAUAGUUUCGUGGAUCUUUAAGGACUUCCUAAAAAACAUCGAAGGAAGUCUGAUGACCUCAAAACUGUAUGAUGAGUGGAUUGCUGUAACGAAAAAAGUUGAUGAGGAAGAGAAAUUAGCUGCAGUGCAGAGUCUUUUAGAUAAACUGCCACCUGCAAAUGCUGCGCUUCUGAGGCAAUUUUUUCAAAUAUUAUAUGAAAUUAAAAGUAAUUCUCCUGUUACUGAAAUGUCUUCUCACCAUCUAUCUGUUGGGAUAGCCCCAUGCCUCUUAUUCAUGCCCAGCUCCUGGAAUAAUGGAAGGACAAAAGACAUUGCCAAAAAGAUUUCUCUGGUAACAUUUAUGAUCGAAAACUGUCCAAAAAUUUUUGGAGAGGAUGUGGUUGCAGUGCCGUAUGAAACUUCCCUAUCUCAUCCUCCCGGAGCCAAGUCCUCAUGUUCCCUGAACACUGCAGCAAAUAUCAGAAACGUGAAGAAAACCGAACGUGGACUGAGCAGCUGCCCCGCUGAGAGGACAUGCACUCCUGGCUACCAUGCACGGCCAGGAAGUCCAGCUGCCCCUCUUCCCUGUGAAGGCCCUCUAGGUUCAGAGAAAAAUGGAGGCAAUGUAUAUACCAACCAAGCAGCACCUUUUCUUAUUCUACCACAAGCAACAAAGAAAUGUUUGUUUGGCAAAUCUCUUGAGAGUAUUUUUGAAGGCAAAAAGCUGCCUACUCCAAUAUUUGAUAUGUUUUCCAUAAUUGCAGAGAAAGGACAAGAUUCUGAUCAUAUAUUUAAUACGGUAUCUGAAAUUUCACACUGGUCCCUGAGGGACAGGAUUGAAAAUGAAGAACACAUAACCUGGCAUGAAGAAGACGUGCUAGUUAUAGCGUCUGUAUUAAAGGACUUCAUUAGUAACAUUAAAGGAAGCUUACUUACUUCUGAUUUAUAUGAAAAUUGGCUUACCAUCAUGGAUGAAGGAACUCUGGUUGGACGAAUUGCUGCCAUCCAAAGACUUACACGACAGAUCCCUGAACCCAACUUCCUUCUACUACAAUAUGUCAUUUGUGUAUUAGUUAUGAUAAAAGACUCUUCGAUGAAUAAUUUGGAGUCUUACACGUUAUCUCACCGCAUAGCUCCGUCUGUGCUAUGUGGUCAGGCUUCAAGUGACGCACUCUAUGGGAAUUCUGCCUCAAGAAAGAUAUCUGUUAUCAAAAUCAUGAUAGACCACUAUCUUGAAAUAUUUGGAAAUGAUAAUCUAUUUUCAAAACAUAUUAACAGAAAGUCUGAUGAUUUAAAGAUGUAUAAAGAUUUAAUCCUCUCUGAGGGCAAAUCUCCUAUUAUGAAAAAUGUCACAGCUGGACACAAUGGGAAAACCUGCAGUAAUGAUGAAAAAGUAAAUAUUUCAAAUGCUGCUCUACAGAAAGGAAGUUCUACAGGUUCAGAGAAACAUGAACGCAAUGUACAUACCAUUCCAACUGUGCUGUCUCCAAAUCGACUACGAUCUACGAAGAAAAGUUUCUUUGGUCAACCUCUUACAAGUAUUUUUGAAGGGAAUAAGCUGCCUACCCCAAUAAUUGAUAUGAUGUCUAUAAUUGCAGAAAAAGGACAAAGUUCUGAUCAUUUAUUCAAAACUAUAUCUGAAAAUUCACAGUGUUCCCUGAGGGACAAGAUUGACACAGAAAUAUGUAUUAAGUGGAAUGAAGAAUGUGUGUUGGUUGUAGCUUCAGUCUUAAAGGACUUUAUUUCAAAUAUAGAAGGAAGCCUCCUGACUUCCAGUUUAUAUGAAAAUUGGCUCACCAUCCCAGAUGAACGAACCCUGGCUGGAAAAAUUAGUGCUAUUCAAAGCCUUCUACAACAGAUCCCAGAACCAAACUUUAUACUACUGAAAUAUCUCAUUUGUCUAUUAGUGAUAAUAAAAGACUCGCCCAUGAAUAAGCUAGAUACUAAAAGGUUAUCGAUCCGCCUUGCUCCGCAUGUCCUAUGGGGUUGGACUUCUAGCAAUUCAUUAUUUGGGAAAGUUGUCUCAAGAAAGAUAUCUCUUGUGCAAAUUAUGAUUGACAAUUAUAUUCAUAUAUUUGAAAAUGAUAAUAAAUAUUGCAUCCACAUGGACAAAAGGUCUGAUGGAUUAAAGACAUCUGCGGAUUUCAUUAAUUCUUCUGGCAAAUCAACUACUAUGAAUGAAAUCAUAGGUGGACACAAUAGAAAAACCUGUUCAUUUUUUUCCAACAUGGAAAUGAUUGAGGAAGAUGUGGGAGAAGAAAAUCGAGCCGUAGUUUGCCAAGGGGCCGUGGUUCUCCGAAGAGGCUGGAAAAGAAAUAAACGAUAUCUCACCCUCUUCACUGAUGUUUUGGUUAUAUCCAGUAAACUGAAUAAGAAGAAGUUUAAAGUAAAGCAUGUCAUUCCAUUGACUUACCUGUGGCUUGGUAAUGAAGUGGACAUAUUCAGGACAGACAACAGCCCUGCUUCCAAGUCCAUUUACCUGUAUUGGCCUAUGGGAAAUGCUGUUGUCACCUUUUGUUCCAUGGAAGAGACCAUUUGGUGGUACUUCUUUCUACAAAGAUCCAUUCGUGAUGCGAAGAAGCAGAACAAAACAGAUCUAUCCCUGCAGAUAUCCACUGAGGACAUUGCAUACUGUGACACUCCUCUAUAUGUAACAGCAACAAACUUCGAUACAGUCAAUGACAUAAUCAGCAAGUUACUGCCAAUGAUGAGAAAACAUAGCAUUGAAGAUUAUCAACUGUGGUUCUGUUCUCGCCCUGGGGAAGCUCCAAGAGUACUCCAAGGAAAUGAUUAUCCACAUGACAUUAUAAUGAUAAAUAUUCAAAAGAACUUCACUUCACGGGACUUAAGAAACUUUACUGCUUUCCCUUCCCUACCUGGGCUGAUCAUGAAAUAUCUAAACGCUGAUGCACAGGGGCAAUUCAUCUUAAGGCCCAGAAACUCAGCCAGAAGCCAAAAAAAUAUGAAGGAAAAGACUCUUAAGAAACAAAGAACUUCUACAUCAUCGUGGUGGCACAGCAUCUCUGUGCCCCACCCAGACCAAAUAUGCACCACCCAAAAUCUUAACAAUGGAGGAAAACUGUUUGGAAGAGAACUCGGUUCCAUUUGUCAGGAUGGCAACCUGCCGUCGGCAAUUCUGGACAUGCUGUCCCUACUAAAAAGGGAAGGGCCCACAACGGAGGGUGUCUUUCUAUUACGUCCGAGUAUAACAUUGUGCCAAACAAUAAAAGACAAAUUGGAUUCAGAAGAAGAGGUGGACAUGAACAAGCAAUCAGUGCACGUAGUUUCGUGGAUCUUUAAGGACUUCCUAAAAAAGAUCGAAGGAAGUCUGAUGACCUCAAAACUGUAUGAUGAGUGGAUUGCUGUAACGAAAAAAGUUGAUGAGGAAGAGAAAUUAGCUGCAGUGCAGAGUCUUUUAGAUAAACUGCCACCUGCAAAUGCUGCGCUUCUGAGGCAAUUUUUUCAAAUAUUAUAUGAAAUUAAAAGUAAUUCUCCUGUUACUGAAAUGUCUUCUUACCAUCUAUCUGUUGGGAUAGCCCCAUGCCUCUUAUUCAUGCCCAGCUCCUGCAAUAAUGGAAGGACAAAAGACAUUGCCAAAAAGAUUUCUCUGGUAACAUUUAUGAUCGAAAACUGUCCAAAAAUUUUUGGAGAGGAUGUGGUUGCAGUGCCGUAUGAAACUUCCCUAUCUCAUCCUCCCGGAGCAAAGUCCUCAUGUUCCCUGAACACUGCAGCAAAUAUCAGAAACGUGAAGAAAACCGAACGUGGACUGAGCAGAUGCCCCGCUGGGAGGACAUGCACUCCUGGCUACCAUGCACGGCCAGGAAGUCCAGCUGCCCCUCUUCCCUGUGAAGGCCCUCUAGGUUCAGGGAAACAUGAACGCAAAGUCCAUACCAUUCCAUCAGUAGUGUCUCCAAAUCGACUGCGAUCUACGAAGAAAAGUUUGUUCGGCCAACCUCUUACGAGUAUUUUUGAAGACAAUAAGCUGCCUACCCCAAUAAUUGAUAUGAUGUCUAUAAUUGCAGAAAAAGGACAAAGUUCUGAUCAUUUAUUCAAAACUAUGUCUGAAAAUUCACACUGUUCCCUGAGGGACAAGAUUGACACAGAACUAUGUAUUAAAUGGAAUGAAGAAUGUGUGUUGGUUGUAGCUUCAGUCUUAAAGGACUUUAUUUCAAAUAUAGAUGGAAGCCUCCUGACUUCCAAUUUAUAUGAAAAUUGGCUUACCAUCCCAGAUGAAGGAACUCUGGCUGGAAAAAUUAGUGCCAUUCAAAGCCUUCUACAACAGAUCCCAGAACCAAACUUUAUACUACUGAAAUAUCUCAUUUGUCUAUUAGUGAUAAUAAAAGACUCACCCAUGAAUAAGCUAGAUACUAAAAGGUUAUCGAUCCGCCUUGCUCCGCAUGUCCUAUGGGGUUGGACUUCUAGCAACUCAUUAUUUGGGAAAGUUGUCUCAAGAAAGAUAUCUCUUAUGCAAAUUAUGAUUGACAAUUAUAUUCAAAUAUUUGAAAAUGAUAAUAAAUAUUGCAUCCACAUUGACAAAAGGUCUGAUGGAUUAAAGAUAUCUGCAGAUUUCAUAAAUUCUUCUGGCAAAUCAACUGCUAUGGAUGAAAUCAUAGGUGGACACAAUAGGAAAGCCUGUGGCAAUGAUAAAAUUUAAAUAUUUUGUAUGUUGCUCUACAGGCAUGGUCCUUCAGCAGGAAAGAACAGAACAACUACCACCUAUAAGUGGUAGAGGAUGACUGGAAGACAUUCUAAGAUCAUUCUAUUUUCAUGUUCCUGUCUACUUCCUACUAAAUCGUAGCAGAAGAUAUUAUUUCAAGAGCCUACUUCUGCUUUUAUUUCACCAUAUUAGUUACAAAUAGUUUUCCCUCAUUUAAGUUAUUUUAUGUUGUAUAUUAUACAUUGUUUUCUAUUAUAAUAAAUGUUAUUAAAUUGUGU